AUGGCAGCUAUGGCAGGAAGACUGUCAAAACAGCAGCGUUCAGUGGCUGAGGGUCUGGGUUCCAGCCUGAAUGCUGUAAAAUACCUGGGCCAGGACUAUGAGACCUUAAGGAAACAGUGCUUGGAGACAGGGACUCUAUUUAAGGACCCAGAAUUUCCAGCUUGUCCCUCAGCUUUGGGAUACAAGGAUCUGGGACCAUAUUCUCCUCAAACCCAAGGAAUUGUGUGGAAACGGCCCACGGAAUUGUGUCCUGACCCUCAGUUUAUUGUUGGUGGAGCUACUCGAACAGAUGUUCGUCAGGGUGCCCUUGGUGACUGCUGGCUCCUGGCAGCCAUUGCUUCCCUGACAUUGAAUGAAGGGCUCCUUUACAGAGUAGUCCCUAAAGGUCAGAGCUUUCAGAAGAACUACGCAGGAAUCUUUCAUUUUCAGUUCUGGCAGUAUGGAGAAUGGGUGGAUGUUGUCAUCGAUGACAGGUUACCCACAAGAAAUGGGAAUUUGCUAUUCCUUCACUCAGAAGAAGGCAGAGAGUUCUGGAGUGCCCUGCUGGAAAAGGCCUAUGCCAAGCUCAAUGGGUCCUAUGAAGCUCUCACAGGAGGGUCUACCGUGGAGGGAUUUGAAGAUUUCACCGGAGGAAUCUCAGAGUUUUAUGAUUUGAAAAAGGCCCCAACCAAUCUGUAUCAAAUCAUAAGGAAGGCUUUACGCUCUGGAUCACUGCUUGGAUGCUCUAUUGAUGUCACCAAUGCAUUGGAAUUGCAGGAAGUCACCAGCCUGAAGCUGGUUAAGGGGCACGCUUACUCUGUCACUGGAGUUGAAGAGGUUAAUUUCCAUGGUCGCCUUGAAAAACUAAUCCGCCUAAGGAAUCCAUGGGGUGGGACGGAAUGGAAAGGAGCAUGGAGUGACAGUGCCCCUGAAUGGAAUUACAUAGACCCAAGGCAGAAGGAAGAACUAGACAAGAAAGCUGAAGAUGGAGAAUUUUGGAUGUCAUUUUCAGAUUUUCAGAGGCAAUUUUCUCGCCUGGAGAUCUGUAACUUGUCUCCUGACUCCUUGACCAGUGAGGAGAUCCACAAAUGGAACACAGCAUUGUUCAAUGGCCGCUGGAUCCGGGGCUCCACAGCUGGAGGCUGCCAGAACUACCCAGCUACAUACUGGAUCAAUCCCCAGUUUAAGAUCCGAUUGGAUGAGGCAGAUGAUCACCAUGAAGGGAACCCAAGUGAGCCCUGCUGUACAGUUCUGGUGGGUCUGAUGCAGAAAAAUCGAAGAAAGAAGAAGAGGAUUGGACAGGGGAUGCUCAGCAUUGGCUAUUCACUUUACCAGAUCCCCAAAGAGCUGGAGAACCACACAGAAGUGCAUCUGAGCCAGGACUUCUUCUUGGGACAUAAGCCUGCUGCUCAAACCCCAGCAUACUUUAACCUUCGAGAAGUUUCUAAUCGGUUCCACCUUCCUCUGGGAGAGUACCUGGUGGUGCCCUCAACUUUUGAGCCAUUCAAGGAUGGAGAGUUUUGCCUGAGGAUAUUCUCAGAGAAGGAAGCUAAGUCCCUGGAAAUUGGGGACAUGGUGGCUGGAAAUCCCUAUGAGCCACAUCCCAGUGAACAAAUAGAAGACCAAUUCAAGAUUCUUUUUGAGAAGCAUUCUGGGGAGAAUUCUGACAUCAGUGCCAAAGCGCUCCAAACUAUUCUGAAUGGCUUCUUUUUUAAAGGAACAGGCGUGAAAUUUGAUGGAUUCAACAUCAAUACCUGCAGAGAAAUGAUUGGCCUUUUGGACAAUAAUGGGACAGGUACUUUGGGACUUGUAGAACUCAAGAUAUUAUGGCUGAAGAUUCGGAAAUAUUUGGAGAUCUACCAGGAAGUGGAUGCUAAUCACUCAGGGACCAUCAAUACCCAUGAGAUGAGGACAGCCUUCAAGAAAACAGGUUUUACCCUCAACAACCAGGUCCAGCAGGCAAUUGCUGUGCACUAUGGGGACAGCACUCUCAGCAUUCCCUUCGACAGGUUCAUUUCCUGCAUGAUACGUCUGGAGAGUCUCUUCAAAAUAUUCCAUCUUUUGGACAAGGACCAGAAUGGCAUUGUCCAGCUCUCACUGGCAGAGUGGCUAUGUUGUGUGCUAGUCUGAGCCAACAUCUUGGAUACCUCAGAAGUUUCAUGUGUGGAUGCUCCUUUCUACUCCCUUUCUCCAUCUCACUUCACUCAAAUUUCACAUUCAAGUCAUCAAAUUAAUGUUUUUAUAUUGUAGUAAAUUUGCCCUGACCAACUAUCCCAGAGCCAGUCUGUUGCGCCUUCCCUGUGCCUUCCACCCCAUUCCUUCCCAGCAUCCCAAGGAUUAACUUGGAGAACUUUGAAUGGUUUCUUCUCUACCACCAUUUGCUUCAGCCCUCACUAACUGUAUUCUCCUCCACCACCCCACCUCCAUCCUGUUUCAUUAAACCAUUUAACAUCAAUUAGCUUCUAUUAAAUGAUAUUUACUUUGAAGAUAUAUCAAGAAUAGAAUAUUUCCUCUCAACAAGUUGGGGCACACUGAUUUCUUUGUUUUACCUCAAUCUCUAUUUUUCUAUAUAACUCUGAU